CCCAUCAUGCAUAUAUCACAGCCGUGUCUUUUCGUUUGCUAUUUUCUUUUCUGUUUCGUUACUUUCAAACAAUUCAACUUUAUUUUCAUCCCAGAUUGACACAAAUUUCAACACAAAACGACAAUGCAGUUCUGGGAGCUCUUUCAGCACUACAAACACGACGGCUCAACACCAGCCGCAGCCGCUGUUCUUGGUAUAGUGGCCAUAACGGGCGGCACACUUUACAUGGCCCUGCAAUACCUCCAGGCAGACCACCAAAAGACCGCACGGCUACGCUCAGCCAAGCAAAAAUACCACCCUCCCAAGGCUCACGCGAUAUCUGAAGAGGCGCCACAAGCCGAUAAGCAGAGGCGUGAGGCUAUUGUGAGAGAGCUGGGUGCAAUGGGGAUUGACUUGACCAGGCUGAUGGAGAAGAUUGACGGAGUGGCGCCGGCGCUGGUGUUGGAGGCAGCGCAAUUGGAUCCGUGGGCGGAGCACGAGGAGGAGUUGAGGAAGGAUGCGUGCAAGGCUGGCUUGGCACAGGUGUUUGAGAUGACGGGCGACUUGAGGGCUAUUAGGAAGGGGUUGAUAAAGAAGGCGGAGCGCAAGGCGCAGACUGUUGAUGGACUGCGCAAGACUGUGCUGGCAAUCAAGCCUGAUCAGGAAUAA